AAAAGAAAAGAACAGCACGCGAAGCAAAGCUAAAAAAACAAUUGGAGAGAAACCCAGAUCCCGAACUCCUGUUCUUCAACCACCCUCUUCAGAUAUAUAGAAUUUAUAAUUCUUCAGACAUAUAUACUUGUAAAUUACCCACACAAAGAUUUGAUUUUUUUAUUUAUUUAUAAUUUCUUCAUUUAAUUCAUUCUUGAUUGAUUCUUGAAGAAUAUAUAUACAGAGUGUAUCUAUCUGCAGAUUGUGAGUUUUGACAUGCAUGCGAGUAUUUAAUUUCAGUUUCCGUUUCAAUCUCUCAAGAGAUCAGCUCUUUACGAAUUCUGCACCAUUAAUCAGCUUAUUUCGUGAUUUUUUUUUCGAUUGAAGAACUUCCGGUGUUUCGAGCCUCUGCAGAACAAAUUUUCGGUGAAUUAUAAGUCAUUGUAACUUGUAAGCAUUAUACAAGAAUGAGGACAGUUAUUCGGGUUUUGAGGAAAUUUAGGCCAGUUUUUCAGUACAGAGCAAACUUUAUCUACAAUGGCUCUGCCAAAAGACGAGAUUUUUGGCCCGAUACGAAUCACCGCUCUAUAUAUAGCCUAUCCGGUAGCACAUACAUUCAUCGAUGUAAACAUGAAUCGUACAUGAUCCACCGAGCUAUUUCAUCCGAUGCAGCUAAAGUUACCAAUAAAGAACUAAAUAGAGGAGGGCCUCUCGUAGAAUACGAGCGACGAGUUGCUGCUGGUGAACUUUUGGAUGGAGAUUCCUGUCAGCUCAAUACCCUAGGAGAGCUUCAAAGACUAUACGACGAGCUUGUCGAAAAUGCAGAAGAUUGUCGAUUGGAUAGAUAUGCUACUUCCAAGAAAGAUGGGAGGAGUCGGUGGUUGUGGUCCCGUUUUAUUCCCCAAACAUCGUAUGCCCCUGUUAAAGGACUUUAUCUCUACGGCGGAGUUGGCACCGGCAAAACUAUGUUGAUGGACUUAUUCUUUUAUCAGCUACCAUGUAAUUGGAGGAAGAAGAGGAUCCAUUUCCAUGACUUUAUGCUAAAUGUUCACAGCCGUUUGCAAAAGCACAGAGGGGUGGCGGAUCCUUUAGAAGUUGUUGCUGGAGAGAUAUCGGAUGAAUCUAUAUUAUUAUGCCUCGACGAGUUUAUGGUGACUGAUGUUGCUGAUGCAUUAAUUCUAAACCGCAUGUUUAGACAUUUAUUCAGAGAUGGAGUUAUUCUCGUUUCUACUUCGAACCGAGCUCCAGAUAAACUUUAUGAAGGGGGGCUGCAACGGGACUUGUUUCUUCCGUUUAUUGAUGCUUUACAAGAAAGAUGUAUAGUUCAUCAAAUUGGUUCAUCUGUGGACUACCGCAAAAUGACAUCGGCAGAGCAAGGUUUCUACUUUGUAGGCAAACAUUUGUCGAGCCUUCUUAAGCAAAAAUUCCAACAAUUAAACGGCGAACAAAUAGCCGUUCCGCAAGAAGUGGAAGUUGUCAUGGGAAGAAAAUUACAGGUUCCUGCGGGCGCAAAUGGAUGCGCUUAUUUUCCUUUCGAGGAACUCUGCGACAGACCACUUGGAGCCGCAGAUUAUUUCGGGCUAUUUAAGAAGUUUCAUACGCUGGCUUUGGACGGUGUGCCGAUUUUCGGGCUGUCCAAUAGGACUGCAGCGUACCGGUUUGUCACUUUAGUUGAUGUUAUGUAUGAGAACAGAGGUAGAUUAUUAUGCACAGCUGAGGGGACACCUGUCGAACUAUUUGACCGAAUCGUAACAAUAGCUGAUGCUCAGCAAAUGGCACCUAGAACUUCUUCGAGAUCGAGAAAAUCUGACGAUUCUGACAUUUGUGUUGACAAUGAAUUAGGUUUUGCAAAAGAUCGCACCAUUAGUAGGUUAACAGAAAUGAAUAGCACAGAGUACUUGGAGCAGCAUGCUGAAAUUUGGGCACAGAAGCGGCUGUCUGAUAACGAAUGACGAAAAAGCCCUCUACAUUCUUUAGUUUUAGACGAAUUAAUUAUAGGUAUUGUUUGUUGUGUGUAGGAUUUUAGCACAUAACAUAAUAUUUGGGUCGAUUUUUGACAGCAAAUCGCGAUUAAGAGGAGAGAAUUAGAGCUGAUUGAUUAAUCAUUCAUAGAUGGAUUGAAAUAAAUGAUACUAUUUUGACAUCUUAUAGUUGGAAUAAACAUUGUUGCUGUAUUGAUGAACAUGUUGCAUAGUUUUGUAAUUUGAAA